UACUCCCUCUUUCCUCCCACCUCACAGUCCUCCCCUCAGAUCUGCACGGCCUUGCAGGGCACAGCUACGCGGCCGGUGCGGUCGGCUGCGCAGCCCCCAUGCCGGGCUGGCUGGACCUGCUGCUCGCAGCCGUGUGGCACUGGACCCAUGGUCCGCCCGCAGGCACAGGGGCUAGGCGGUGCUGGAGCUCCGAGGCGGCCGGCCGCGAGCCUCAAGUGCCCCAGCGCGUAUGCGCUAGGCUUGCAGGGGUUCCGCGUCUUCACAGGGCUGGCGGCAGGCGAGCGGCGAGCAGCCACCGUGCUCUAGGUCGAACCGCCGCAGGGGCUCCGCACCUCCGUGGUGGCCGGCGGCAGCCGAGCUGCCAGCCGCGAGCGAGGCAAUAUGUCUCGGCGAAGGUGAUUGGCAGGAUAGCACAUGAUGUCGAUUUACUUCACUCUGUGAGACCUAGAGGCCAAGAAGGGCAGGGCUGCUGGAGGGUCUCUGUUUUUUCAAGCGCCAUUUCUCCCGCGGGGAGGGGGAGCUCCAGUAACUCUUCGCGAAGAGCAGCGCCCACUCACAAUGGAGGAGGAAGAAAGCCUGGCCGUGGUUUUGGAUUAGAACUAAGCGAUGAAGCUAUCUUUUUGCAGGAAUCAUUUUGAUGACCUGGACAAGGAAGUUCGCUGUGGUCUGUACUGAGAUGAGGGUAAUUCUGAGUCUAGAUAAUUUUGUUAACUGAUAGUGACUUGUGUAUUUAGAGGCAUGGGUUUACUUGAGGAUUAUAUUGUAGGGUAAAUGAAUUUGCUUAUCUUGGAGAUAAGCCAUUUUAUUGCUUAUGAAAGUUUUUGAUGUGUGUGCUAAGAUGAGUUGGCAAAAUGCAUGGUUAAUUAACUGUAUUUGUGUAUAAUUUAAAAUCGAUUGAUAUUU